ACUCCAUACACCGCAUGAAAACGACAAUUGUCUUCGAAUACUGUGCAGCCGACUAAGAAAGCAGAAACAAUCGAUUGCUCUCUCCCAGUGUUGACAACUUCCCACGACAGAUAAUCUCGAAGUUUGACUUUUGACGACAUAAGAUAUAAAAAUUUCUGGAGAAAUAACACCUUGUCUGUCAGCGUCGAAGGGCCUACGAAAACACUCCGAAACAAAUCUACUUUCUGGAGAGCACCAUGUCUACAGAUCAACGAGAUGUUCCUACUACUUAUUCAGGCAAGAUCCACAUCGCCGUCAUCGGCGGCACUGGUCUCGACCACCUCCCACACUUCCACAAGGCGGCGGUCCUGAACGUCGAGACCCCUUGGGGUGCUCCGUCGUCCCCCAUCACGGUUCUGGAACACCCUUCCCCGACGACCGGGAAACCCAUCCCCGUGGCCUUUUUGGCCCGACACGGCCCCCACCACGAGCUCAACCCGUCUGAAAUCCCGGUGCGAGCAAACAUCGCCGCCCUCCGCAAGCUCGGGGUCAGGUGUAUCGUCGCCUUCAGCGCGGCGGGGAGUCUGGCGGAGGAGGUCAAGCCUCGAGACUUUGUCGUCCCCGACCAGGUCAUCGACCGUACAAAGGGCAUCCGACCUCACACCUUUUUCGAGGAUGGGUUCGUGGUCCACGUCCCGUUCGCCGACCCUUUCGACAAACGAGUCGGUGACGUUGUUAGGAAAUGCGGACACAGUCUCGAAGGGGAAGGGGUGGUUUUGCACGACAAGGGUACAGUCAUUGUAAUGGAAGGACCUCAAUUCAGUACUCGAGCAGAAUCAAACAUGUAUCGAAGCUGGGGUGGUACGGUAAUCAACAUGUCUACAUUGCCAGAAGCAAAACUUGCCGCCGAGGCAGAGAUCGCAUAUCAAGUCAUCUUGAUGAGUACCGAUUAUGAUUGCUGGCAUGACUCUGGAGACGUCUCGGUGGAGAUGGUCAUGGGUCACAUGCGAGCCAACGCUCUGAACGCGAGACACUUCAUCGCCGCCGUGUUGGACGAACUCUCAAAAGAAGAACACGGAGAUUUGGUGAGGGCGACUCACCUCCAGGGCGCCCGGGAGUUUGGUAUCAGCACGGCACCGGCGGGUCGGAGCAAACAAGCCACGGAGAAGAUGAAGUGGCUGUUCGAGGGAUAUUUCGAGUGAAAAACAAAAAAGUGUUCCGAGUGUCCUGAUCAUGGACCGAAAUUGGCUCAACCCAACAUGAGAUAUGGACAAGAAACAUCAUUGCGAGAAGAAUAUAAUGAUGAGAAUACAGAAUAGAUGGUCAUAUGUUUUGGUGGUCUCUUUUCUCUCUUGGAUGCAAAAGUGUAUGCUUGACCGUCGGUCGAGUUGACCUGGGUAGUGGCAGUGUAGAUGUGUUUACAACAAAAGAAGAACUCGGUGAGUCUCAAAGGUCUCA